ACUUUAUGUAAUUUAAAACUAAAAAACCCUUUAAGAUAAUUUUGUAGAAUUUUUAAAAGUAGCCUUUCAAGUCAGAAGCAUCCAAAAAGGAAGUGAAUGAAUGAAAUUACAGGAAGAUGUUCAAGGCUAAAGGUGUGGCAAUGGAAUUUUGCCAGUUCCAAAAAUACAUUUUUAUUUAUUUUUUAAUAUGAAAUUCAAAAAGCUCACUAAUUCUCUCACGAAUCAAAAUUAAAUAUAUACGAACUAAAAUUGAGUUUUUAAAAAUUUCACACGAAAAAUUUUAAUUUUGAAAUUUUAAAUACUUUCGCUGGUUUGUUAACUGUAACGUUUAAUUGGCAUUUUGUGCAUUUUAUUCUUUUUAAAAAAGUGAUUUUUAGUGAGCCAUAUUUGAAAAAUACCGCUAAUUUUUUUUCUAUUUUCCUCCAUUAAUUUAAAGAAAUUUUUUUUUUUAUUCCUGGUCAUUUUUGCUGGAGGCGAUGUGACCCACUUUACAAGUUUUCAGGUGGCAAGGUUGCUUACAUUGCGAAACAAUCUCACAACUGUUAGUGAAAUUGUUCCAAUCAACGCACAAAAAUUCCAACUUUAAUUUAAACAUCAAAGAUGUCAAUCACACAGGAAUUAUGAUAGAAGAAUUUGGUUGAGGAUAUUUUGGAUUUUUUUUUCAAAGAAGAAAAUAAAGUGUUAUGAAUCUUAUAAAUUUCACAGAAAUUAUCUGUCUACUCUUUAUCUUUCAAGGUUGGAAUUUCGUAAAGACAUCUUUCUUAGAUGAUCCUCGAUCGAUUUCGGAACACGAAUUGAAUUUUUGUCAAGACAAACAGCCGGGUAACAACUAUGCCGACGUGCAAAGCGGGUGCAGGAUGUACUACAAAUGUCUGCUUAACAACGACGGUAGGAUGUUAAGUUACAAAAUCGAAUGCCCAAACGAUACAUACUUUAACGAAGAGAAACAACAAUGCGAACAAUACAUAGCCCAUUGUCAGAACGUUAACAAUUACGAACUUAAGAGAUUUCGUAGGCAGCAGCCCCCUAGUUAUUCUUACCAUAAUCUUCCAAAAACCAAUUUCUCGUGUAUCGGUAAGAGUUUGGGUGGUUAUUACGCGGAUGCGGAAACAGAUUGCCAGAUGUUUCAUAUAUGUACGCCCGGCGAAAACAAUAGUGUCAUCGAUAUUAUGUUUCUAUGUGGCAACGGCACGGUUUUCGAUCAGAAAAAAUUGGUUUGCGAACGUUACGGUUUGGUGGAUUGUCAAGAAUCAGCAUCCUACUUGGACGAGGAGGAGGAGAGAUUAAGAGAGGACGAGAUACAUAGAAAACUGGCUAACGUCGAAAUCACUCGAAUCAAAAGUUGAGUCGAAAUUCCAUUUGUUCCAGUUUCUUUUAGAAUUUAAAAAUGAAAUUCUUAAAAAGUAUGGGAUAAAAAUCACUCAAUAAAAGAGGUAAAUUUCAAAAAAUGCAACUUUUCAGCUAAUUUUUCUGUGAUAAUUUCAAGUACAAUCAGUUUUUUUACCAGCAGAAAAAAAUCAAAAAAAUAUAUGAAAUGUAAUUAAUAUAUUUGAUCAAUUUUAAAAUAUUUAUUUUCAAAUUAAAAAAUAUAUUUAUGAUUUUUUUGGAUUUUA